GCCUCAUCACCAAUAUAAAAACCGUCGUGCUCGCGGAGGCAUCCUUAGCUUGGGCAGGUCCUCCUCCCUAGCUAGCUAGCACAGUAACGCCACCAUGAAGCUCGCCGCGUUGUGCACCGACCCCGUCGUGCUCUCCUGCGCCUUCCUCUGCCUCCUCCUCCACCUCGCUCUCCGGUCCCUGCUGCACCCUUCUUCUGCCGCCUCUUCCUCUGGCCGCCGCGCCGGCGCCGGCGGCCACCUCCCGCCGGGGCCACCGGGCCUGCCGAUCCUCGGCGCGCUGCCACUCGUCGGCCCUGCCCCGCAUGCCGGCCUGGCCGCGCUGGCGCGCAAGUACGGUCCCAUCAUGUACCUGAAGAUGGGCACGACGGGCGUCGUGGUGGCGUCGUCCCCGUGCGCGGCGAAGACGUUCCUCAAGGCGCUGGACGCGAAGUACGCCAACCGGCCGGCGGUGGCGAGCGCCGCCGACAUCACGUACCGGCGCCAGAACAUGGUGUUCGCGGACUACGGGCCCAAGUGGAAGCUGAUGCGGAAGCUCGCCAGCGUGCACCUGCUCGGGGCGCGCGCGCUCGCCGACUGGGCGUGCGUGCGGCGCGACGAGGCCGGCCACCUGCUCCGCGGCGUGGCGGAGGCGGCCGCGGCCCGGCGGCCCGUCGUCGUGCCGGAGCUGCUCGUGUGCGCGCUCGCCAACAUCGUCGGGCAGAUCACCGUCAGCAAGCGGGUGUUCGACGCGCAGGGGGAUGACUCAAACAGGUACAAGGACAUGAUCGUGUCGCUGCUGACGGGCACGGGCAUGUUCAACAUCAGCGACUUCGUGCCGGCGCUGGCGCGUCUGGACCUGCAGGGCGUGCAGGCCAAGCUGCGGCGGAUCCACCACCAGUUCGACGGCCUCAUCACCAAGCUGCUGGCCGAGCACGCCGCGACGGCGGCGGACCGCGCGCGCCAGGGCCGCCAGGACUUCGUCGACAGGCUCCGCGCCACGAUGGACGCCGGCGCCGACGACGAGAGCGGCGAGACCAUCACCGAGGUCAACAUCAAGGGCCUCAUCUUCGACAUGUUCACGGCGGGCACGGACACGUCGUCCAUCAUCGUGGAGUGGGCGAUGGCGGAGAUGCUCAAGAACCCGUCCGUGAUGGCGCGCGCGCAGGAGGAGCUGGACCGCGUGGUGGGCCGCGGCCGCCGCCUGGAGGAGUCGGACCUGCCCAGCCUCCCCUACCUGCAGGCCGUCUGCAAGGAGGCCAUGCGGCUGCACCCGUCGACGCCGCUCAGCCUCCCGCACUUCUCCUUCGACGCCUGCGACGACGACGUCGCCGCCGGCGGCUACCGCGUCCCGGCCAACACCCGGCUGCUCAUCAACAUCUGGGCCAUCGGCCGGGACCCGGCGGCGUGGAAGAAGCCCCUGGAGUUCCGGCCCGAGCGGUUCCUGCCGGGCGGCGGCGCCGAGAAGGUCGACCCGAUGGGGAACUGCUUCGAGCUCAUCCCGUUCGGCGCCGGCAGGAGGAUCUGCGCCGGGAAGCUGGCCGGCAUGGUGUUCGUGCAGUACUUCCUGGGCACGCUGCUGCACGCGUUCGACUGGAGCUUGCCUGACGGCGAGGAGAAGCUGGACAUGAGCGAGACGUUCGGCCUCGCGCUGCCUAAGGCUGUGCCGCUCCGCGCCGUCGUCACGCCACGGCUCGUGCCGGAAGCCUACGCCUGAGCUAGCUGUCAGUGGUUCGCGUGUGUUGUUGUUGCCUUCCUGCAUACGUACAUAACUUGUUAUGAAUCCUACACUUGCAUUGGUUGCCUAGUACCAGUAUUUGAAAUUAUAUACGGACCUUGCAUGGUUUCAGUUUUUUGACACAACCGAUGAUGGUUGAUCAGAAGACGGAUCUGUAGAGUUGUUCUUUAACAAUGCGCUAACCUAUAUAUCAAGGGACUGUUUGGUU